AUGGAUCGGGAAGCUGACCGCCUUGACCUGAGGGGAAGGGUAGCCAACCCUGAAGAAAACCCAGGUGUCCACAUCUCCUCAUUUCCUGCUGUCCCUGACCACAGCAUCAUCAUGCCUCGGGGUCACAAAAGCAAGAAACGCCCCCAGGCCCGAAGUGAGACUCAGAGUUGUGGCAAUGCCCAGGCCGCUGCAGCAGCAGAAGAGGAGUCCACUCCCUCCUCCUCUCCUCAGUGUGAAGGUAUUAGUCAGGGUAAGCCUGGGGCUGGGUCCUGUAGCUCUUCCCAGGGGCCUCCAAGUGCGCCAACCACCACCACUACUUCUGAAGCUGCUUCUUGCCCUGGAUCUGAUGAAGCUUCCAAGGGCCAAGAGGAUGAUGGGGCAGAGUCCUCUGAGGCCCCUCUCUUAAGUGAGUUCUCAGAGGCGGAUGAUUUCAAAAACAAGGCUGUGUCUUUGGAGCUAUUCCUUCUGUACAAGUACAAAAUGAGGCAGCCCAUUUUGAAGGAUGACAUGCUGAAUAUUGUCGGGGAAGAUUACCAAAGCCAAUUUCCUGAAAUGUUCAAGACAGCCUGUGAGCAAAUUGAAAUUUUCUUUGCAUUAGAUAUAGAGGAAGUCGACUCAACCCGUCACUCCUAUGCCCUUGUCAGCAAACUGAAACUGCCCAAUAAUGGGAGGGUGCGUGCUGGCAGGGGCUUACCCAAGACCGGUCUCCUGAUGCAUAUCCUGGGCAUGAUCUUCAUAAACGGCAACCGUGUCCCUGAGGAAGAAAUCUGGAAUGAUCUGCGUCUGAUGCACGUGUACCCUCGGAGGAAGCACUUUGUCUUUGGGGAGCCCAAGAAGCUCAUCACCCAAGAUUUUGUGAGGCUAAAAUACCUGGAGUGCCACCAGGUGCCUGGCAGUGAUCCUCCACGCUACGAGUUCAUGUGGGGUCCAAAAGCACAUCUUGAAACCAGCAAGAUGAAAGUGCUGGAGUUCUGGGCAAAGAUCAAUGAUACCCUCCCUAGUGCCUUCCCAAGCUGUUAUGAAGAAGCUUUGCGAGAUGAGGAAGAGAGCCCGAGCCACAGAAGCAGCCAGGGCUGCCACUACUGCACAGAUCCGUGCACUUUACAGGGCCAUGGCCAGCAAAACCAUUCCACCCUCAGAGAAGUCCAAGGCUCUUCGUCCUACAGACCAGGACAUCACAUCACCUGUCCUGGGCUGUCUGCCGUGGCUGCAGCUUCCCCAUCUCACAUCAUUCCUGGCACCAACCCAUUCUCAGUUAGACACAGGAGUCAGCGCCACAAAACUCAGAAUCAACAAGCAUCCCAAGAUGAAGCCAAGAGUGGCAGGAUGUUUGAGGCAGCUGCCCCCAUAGAAGAAGAGCCUCCCUCAUCCUCCUCGUCUGUUUUGGAGGGUAAUCCCCAGCACUCCUCAGCUACUGAGCCAACUAGUUGUUCCCAGGGGUCUUGCAGAGCUCCAACUACCUCCAUUACCUCUUCAGUUGCUUUUCACACAAAAUCUGAGGGCAGCCAGGAUGAGGAACAUUCACCUUCCUCUGAGGUCUUACCUCCCGAGAACCCAGGCUGUGAUCCUCUAAGUAUGGAGGUGGCUGUCUUGCAGAAGUUUAUUUUGCACAAGUAUAGAAUGAAGCAACCCAUUCUCGGAGAAGACAUGCUAAACACUGUUGACCAAAAGUACCAGCACCAAUUUCCUGAGAUCCUCAAGAAAGCCUCUGAGAGCAUUGAGGUUCUCUUUGCAGUUGACUUGAAGGAAGUGGACUCAACCAAACACUCCUAUGACCUUGUGAGCAAGCUGAAACUCCCCAAUAGUGGGAGGGUACGUGCUGGCAGGGGCUUCCCCAAGACUGGUCUCCUGAUGAAUAUCCUGGGCAUGAUCUUCUUGAAUGGCAACCGUGCCAGUGAAAACGAGAUCUGGGAAUUCCUGAAUGCCAUGCGAGUGUUCCCUGGGAGGAAGCACUACAUCUAUGGGGAGCCUAGGAAGCUUAUCACCAAAGAUCUAGUGAAGCUCAAGUACCUGGAGUACCGCCAGGUGCCCCACAGUGAUCCUCCAUGCUACGAGUUCCUGUGGGGUCCCAAAGCUUACAGUGAGACAAGCAAGAUGAAAGUCCUGGAGUUCUGGGCCAAACUCAGCGAUACGGUACCAAGUGCCUUCACAUCACCAUACAAAGAAGCCUUGAGAGAAGAGGUAGAAAGGGCACAAGCCAGAUGGCCACCCGAGGCCGGCACCAGUGCCACAGGCAGGGAAUAG